GGAUGCUUGUAUUUAGUUUUAGUUCUAUUUUUCAAGUAUAGUCCGCCUAAAUGCAAAGAGAAAUGUCUACAAGCUCGUUACAUGCACAAAGCGUCGCUGUUGACCAGCUAGCAAAACAGACUCGCUUGUGAUGCAAUGGUCGCCAUAACAGCACGUCAUAAUGAAGGCGGUGUAGCCUACAAACGCAGUGGACAGCUCCCGGUGCAAAAUACCUUCCAAAAGGACAUUAUUUUUCCCUGCUCCUUCUAAAACGCCAACGGAGUUCUGAAGUAUUAUUUUACAUAUUGUCUUCGGCUGGCUCACGUUGUUUUACCUGACUGCGUAGCAACCAGUGUCUACAAAUAUAACAAUGGAGGCGCAUAUCAGCGCACAACACUGGGGAAGGUACGUCUCGGUCUUUCUUCUUUUUAGUGCCGUCCUGAACACUGCGUCUGCCGUCACUCACUAUUCUAUUCCCGAGGAAAUGGAAGAAGGUUCCGUUGUUGCUGAUUUAGCUGCUGAUUUGGGUCUGGAUGUAAAAACGUUGAGUAAAAGGAGGAUUCGAUUAGAUGUCAUAGCGAAUAAGAAAUAUCUGGACGUGAACAAAGAAACGGGGCAGCUGUAUAUCGCAGAGAGGAUUGACAGAGAAUUCAUUUGCACUACUAAGACAUCUACAUCUUGUUUUCUAAAAAUGGAGGCUAUUGUCGAAAACCCACAGCGGAUAUUUUAUAUCGAAUUAGAGAUAAUGGACAUCAAUGAUAACGCACCAAAUUUUCGAAGGGACACCAUAAACUUAGAUCUUUCUGAAGCAACGCAGGCCGGUGAAAGGUUCUCUGUCAAUAAUGCAGUGGACCUUGAUGUUGGGGCUAAUUCAGUGAAAACCUACCAUCUAAGUGACAGUGACCAUUUCAAUAUAGAAAUUCAGACCGGAAGAGACGGGUCAAAGUUUGCUGAUUUGAUCCUGAAAAAGACUUUAGAUCGAGAGCAGCAGGCGGUUCAUAACCUAAUACUCACCGCGGUAGAUGGCGGGGUACCCACGCGUUCCGGGACAGCCAGCAUUACUGUUCGUGUGCUUGAUACGAAUGACAACGCCCCUAAGUUUGACAAAGACAAUUACAAAAUCGAUAUAAUGGAAAACUCUCCAAUUGGAAGCCUUGUUGUUAAAUUGAACGCAACAGACUUAGAUGAGGGGACCAAUUCGGAAAUAUUAUAUUCGUACAGCCUGUAUACAUCAGAGAAAACACAACAAACGUUCCAUUUAAACCCUAAUAACGGUGAGAUCACGGUAAAGGAAAUGAUCAAUUACGAAGAUUUCAGGAUCUACGACAUGGAAGUCAUAGCAACAGAUAAGGGACCCAAUUCCUUAAUAGGUCAGUGUAAAUUAACUAUUUUGGUCACAGAUAUGAAUGACAAUCACCCUGAGAUAUCAAUUAAAUCGUUUCAAAGCCCUGUCAAGGAGGAUAUUCCAGUAGACAGUGUGAUAGCAGUGGUGAGUGUCAGCGAUAAAGAUUCAGGUGAAAAUGGGAUAGUUGAUAUUCGUAUUGCUGAUACAUUACCUUUUGCACUGAGAGAGUCUUCUGAUAACUAUUAUGAGUUGGUAGUUUCAGAGCCUCUGGAUCGUGAGAAGGUUCCAGAAUAUGACAUAACUUUUACCGUAACAGACAGGGGAUCCCCUCCACUAUCUGACAACGAAACUAUGACUUUAGAACUACUAGACGUUAACGACAACGUUCCACAGUUCCCCCAGUCGUUCUACACUAUACCCGUUAUGGAGAAUAACGCACCUGGGGCCUUGCUAAGUUCCCUCACUGCGUUUGAUCCAGACCUCCAUGAAAACCAGUAUCUAGUUUAUUUCAUCAUAGAGAAGGAGAUAGUGAACACCUCCAUGUCAAUGCUGUUCUCCAUCAAUCCGGAGAACGGUAAUCUUUACGCACUAAAGACGUUUGACUAUGAGAUAGAGAAGGAGUUCCUUUUCCACAUUGAGGCCAGAGACUCUGGUGUUCCUCCGCUCAGCAGUAACGUGACUGUCCACAUCAUUAUUGUGGACCAGAACGACAAUCCCCCGGUCAUAGUGUCUCCGUGGCGCGCGCACGGCUCCGUGGUGGAGGAGAAGAUCCCCAGAUCCACCGAUAAAGGAUCCCUGGUCUCCAAGGUGAUAGCCAUAGACACGGACUCGGUCCAGAACUCUCGGAUUACAUACCAGUUUCUACAGGUUACUGACGCCACCUUAUUCAGUCUGGACCAAUACAACGGAGAGAUACGUACUAUGAGAAUGUUCAGUUACAGAGAUCCGCGUCAUCAACGGCUGGUUGUCAUCGCCAAGGACAACGGGGAUCCUGCUCUCUCUGCUACAGUUACCAUAAAGCUCUCAACAGUGGAGACUGCCGUUAAAGCCUACUCUGACAUGACGGAAGUGCCUCUAGAAUAUGACAUAUUUUCAGAUUUAAACCUGUAUUUGGUGAUCGGCCUGGGCUCCGUGUCCUUUCUGUUAUUGAUCACCAUAUUGGUCACCUGUGUGCUGAAGUGUCAGAAACCAAAGCCCAGCAAAGCGGCUCCUCCCAGUAGGAACAGCGUGAUCAGUGACAGGAACUCAACCAUCGCAGAUUCCACCCUGGUGUCCAACGAUGCCUACUGGUACAGUCUGUUUCUAGCGGAGACAAGGAAAGGAAAGCUGGUAGUCAGACAGCCUGUGCCGAAGGCGGGUUCCAGAUACAUCGUGUCCAGUCUACCAAGGAGCACCGGCCUGACAGAGACCAGCGACUCAGCGGCCUCUACUCUGCAGUACCCUAAGUGAGGGAAGUCCACUCUGCAGCUGGAGGGGUCGACCACCACUGGCAGCAGUUCCUCGUAAGGUUCCAUCCCCAUUGGUCCGCUGAAGUGACAUCAGGAGGAAUCCCCGUCCACUGAAGAAAGGAACCCCCGUCCUUACCCUACUCAGCCCCCUCCCCUAAACGCCCAGCCCCUCAGUGACACUCCAACUGCACCCCCUUGGCCCCACAAUAACUGUACCCCAAGGACCAAAAGGACACUAUAGUGACCCCCCCCCCCCACACACACCUGCCCCGCCCCCUAGCCAUGCCCCAAUCUCUUUUUAAGCACACACUAGCCCCAAUCAACUUCACAAGUCUUUCAACGUCCAUUCAACACGCAUGAUUCUGCAUGGCUAUGGCCCAUCGCUGAGGGCCCUUCGUAUUUCAAGAGAAAACACACUAAAGACACAGAAUGAACAAGGAGAGGUACCACUGGACAUACAAAAGGAGUUCAAAACAGCCACUAUGAACUAACAGAGACGGACAUGGGAAUGUGGAGUUGCCUUCAAAGACAGUAACCCAUCUCAGAAAAAGAAAAAUCUUGGAUGUUAGGCUUUUACUUAAGUAUUUCUUCUUGUUCUGGCAGCGCAAAGGUGUGGAAAUGUAUAGUCAAGUAAACAAAAAAACAUGAAAACAAAUAUGUCAGAUAGCUAAGUAGCUACAGAGGAUUAACAGUAUAGGACAAAAGGGAAUUAGUGUUGUGUGAGGUAAUGUGAUGUAGUAGUAGGUCAUUUCGUCGUUUUCUGUAGUGUACAAAGACCUUGUGCUACAUGUGAGUGAGAGACUCUUUAGAAACUUUUAUCAACCAAUUUAUCAAACAAGAAAAAGUGAGUCCUUCUUUAUCAUUACAUGUACAAAAAGUUAAUUUGCAUGGAGAUUUCAAUCGAAGUGCUUUGUAAGGAAUAGUGUAGAUUUGGUCUGGAUAUUUUGAGUGACUCAUGGUGUCUACCAAGAUCUCACUCUCCAAUCACUGUUAAAUACUAUGAGCCACGAUGAUGCUUUCACAAUGGUAAAGACCCUUAUGACAUCACAAACACUGCUGGUCUGGAGCAGGGGUCAAAGGUCAUGGACCUAUGCUCUCUCCCUAACCAGAGAGGAAGAGGCGAAGCAAGAGGGUUUACUCCGCCCAAAAUCUGUCCACAUUAAGCAGAUCAUUAAUUAUUAAGCAAGUGAGGAGUGUUUGUAUGGGGGGGGAGGGGGCAAUGAGAGAGUGUUGAAUUUAGGCAAAAUAGAAAUAAAUUGCUAUUUUGAUACGGGAGGCUAAUUAUUAAUGUAAUAAUGCUUAGGUUGUUAUGAGUGUACUGAUUUAAGUGUGACGCACGUGACAUCCCGGCAACUUUGAGAGAAAAAAAAACACACUUUACAUUCCUUUUCAUUUCUUAUUUUUCCAACUUUGUACAAAAUGUGACUGCUAAACAAAAUGAAACGCCAAUAUUUACAGUACUACGGUAACUACUAUUAUCUCUGCUUUAAGUUAUGAUCAAGGCAAGUCUAUAAUUUGUGCUUUGUGUAGCCUAUAUUAUCUAUCGAUGGUGCAAUGUGUUCUCAUUCAUUUGUAUGUAUUGUACUGUAUCCUAUGGUGAUUUGUUCUAUAUAAUACCAUUACAUCCAUGAUGAAUUAUC